AUGGAUAUAACUGAGAUUUCAAUCUUGCAUCAUGUUGGGAUUGUCUUAUUUUCUCUCUGGUUGUUAUCUUCAUUCGAUUGUUGUCACGCUGCUUUUUAUUUUCUGGCUUUGAUCUAUCUUUAUCUGGUUCAUGACCGUUAUGUUACAAGGCUAACGAAGAAGUUGCAGUUUGAGGAGAGGAAACAAUCUAAUCAAAGAAGGGUGCUUUCUGAUUCCGAAACAGUUAGGUGGUUGAACCAUGCUGUUGAAAACAUAUGGCCUGUAUGUAUGGAACAGAUUGUAUCUCAGAAGAUUUUACUCCCUAUCAUACCUUGGUUCUUAGACAAGUACAAGCCAUGGACUGCUAAAGAAGCAGUUGUUCAACACCUAUACAUGGGAAGAAACCCGCCUUUGAUUACUGAUAUCAGGGUACUUCGCCAGAGUGAUGAUGACCACUUGGUUAUGGAGUUAGGAAUGAAUUUUCUCACAGCGGAUGAUAUGAGUGCAAUACUUGCUGUGAAACUAAGAAAAAGAUUGGGCUUUGGAAUGUCAACAAAGCUGCAUAUAACGGGAAUGCAUGUUGAAGGGAAGGUCUUGGUGGGAGUAAAGUUUCUCAAGACAUGGCCUUUUCUUGGCCGCUUGCGUGUGUGCUUUGUCGAGCCUCCAUAUUUUCAGAUGACUGUCAAACCUAUUUUUACUCACGGGCUUGAUGUGACAGAACUUCCAGGAAUUGCUGGCUGGCUUGAUAAACUUCUGUCCAUUGCUUUUGAACAGACCCUUGUUGAGCCUAAUAUGCUGGUUGUUGAUGUUGAGAAAUUUGUAUCACCAGAGCAAGAGCCUUGGUUUAAAGUGGAUGAGAAGGACCCUGUUGCUUUUGCAAAAGUAGAAAUUAUUGAGGCAGCUGACAUGAAGCCAUCAGAUUUAAAUGGACUAGCCGAUCCUUAUGUGAAAGGUCAUUUGGGCGGAUAUAGAUUCAGGACAAAGAUACAAAGGAAAACACUUGCUCCCAAAUGGCUAGAGGAAUUUAGAAUUCCCAUCAUAACAUGGGAUUCUAACAAUGUGUUGGUUAUAGAAGUUCGAGACAAGGACCGUUUCUAUGAUGAUAUCCUUGGGGACUGUUCUGUGAAUAUCAAUGAUUUUAGGGAUGGUCAAAAAUAUGAUAAGUGGCUGCCACUAAAGAAUGUAAAAAUGGGGAGAUUGCAUUUAAGAAUAACAGUUUUAGAAGACAAGGAAAAGGAAGCUGAUACUACAUGUGACCAGGAACCAAUAAACAUUGAAGAAAGAAUAGAUUCUUUUGUAAAUGAGACCACCAAAAAAAGUUCUUUCUCGUCGGUUUCGUCUGACAAAUCUCUGAAAGUAGCAGAUGACUUCGAGCCUAUAGAAAUUGAAGGGCAAAAGAAGACAGGAGUUUGGGUUCACCACCCAGGAAGUGAGGUUUCCCAAACCUGGGAGCCUAGAAAAGGGAAGAAUCGACGCCUCGACACAGAGAUUCACGGGGAGCUUAAUGAUAUAUCCGACAACUUAAAUAAUCCAACCGCAUCUGGAUCUUUGAACAACGACAGCAGCAGUCCUGAUGAUAGUCCCGAAGAUAAGCAUCGAAUGAAAACUGUUAGGAAAGGCCUACACAAAAUUGGUUCUGUAUUUCGUAGGAGUCAGAAAAAGUAUGAAAGAUCAAGUUCAAUUGUGGAGGACGGUCGAACUCCACAUGAUAACAUUAGGUCAGUAAAUGCUUCUAAAGGGGUUGGUGUGAAGUUUGUUAUGGAUGAUAAUAUUGCUGGCUUUCCGGCUAGUCAGGUAGAAGGUGGAUCCCCCGAAAGGAGUGGUUGCGGUCCCGAAAGCCCGGCAAAGAGAGAUGUCAAGGACAUGGCAAAGAAUGUUUACAAAAAUGCAGAAAAAUCGGCUCGUACCUUAAAACACGUUCUUUCUGGUAAAACAAGGAAGUCUAAAGGUGAUUCCGUGGCAACCCUUCCAGAAAGAGAAAAUGAAUCAGACUCUUCUGGUGAUGAAUUUCCUUCAGUGAGAUCACCAAUUGAGGUAAGAACUCCAGUUUUUUCCCAGCCCAUUGCUCCUAAAAGUGGUUCCCCCAAAUCCAAUUUGACUGAGGUGUAUAGUGUUCCAGUCAACACCAAGCCCGAAAAGGCAUGCUCCCCAGAAAAGUCUAAUGAAGAAUUUGUCAAGUUUGGUGAAAAUGAGGAAAUGGUAGCAGAUAAAAGGGUUGUUAGCAGUUUUGCUGAAGUGAAGAAUGUUUAA